AUCAUUGUAUUCUCUUGCACAUUCGUAAUUUACAACGAUGGUCACGUUAGGUACGCUACGCCACUUCUUGAAUUUAAGUUAUAUAUUGCAGACUUGCUUAUAAGAAAGACAGUCCCUUUCACGCCAACCACACGCUCAGAUGCAAAUAGUAUAACAACAAAACGAAGGCGCAAGACAAAGUUGCCUCCUCGAGGCUCUGAUGACGACAUUGCGCACUGGCCUACCUGGUCAAAUGAUCGGCAACGUUGCAAAAGCUUACUUAUGGUGAAGAGCAGAAAUGGAAAGAAUUUGCUCAUGUUCAAAGGUUACACCUAUUAUUCGCAUAAGCACCUCCGUAAUGGGAUUCGAUGGAGCUGCACCCAAAUGGGAUCCAGGUCCUGCAGAGCCUUCAUGCAUGUGACGAAGGAGAUGAUAGUUGUACGGGCCUAUGUUGAACAUACACACCAGCCUUCCAAGUAUCUUCUCGGGAAUGUUAAGAAGGGUUCGACACUUGAAUUUUAUCUACGCCCGAAUGGUCGGAUCAAUUUACGCCUGAACAACUUUACCUUCUACAAACAUCUGAAAGCACGCACCAACGCGCACCGGUGGAGCUGCACGGCAUACGGCUCCAAGUGGAAGUGCAAGGCUCACCUGAUCAUAACAGAUAAACUGGAAGUUCUUAAAGCGAGUAUUAAUCACAGCCACCCGCCCAGCCUAAAGAAAGAUCCUAGGCUACCUUUAUUGCAUCCAAUUCAAAAUGGUGGUAAUAAAAAUAAAGAAAAUGGCCUCCCUGCGCCCGUAAACCCUAUGUCGCUUACCCCGUUACACGAUUAUUUAGUCGCGCAUAGUGUUUACAAUAAUUAUUAAUUUUUGUAACAGUUCCUAUGAUUUCUAGUUAAACUCCUUUGUAAGGAAUAUAAUAGUAUAAAUAAUACUCUAUAAGAAAAAUAUUUUCUUCGCACUACUCCUGAACACGGCAUAAUAUUGUUUUCUAUAUAUAUAUUAUACUACAUUCUCAUAAAAUUCAAUGAAAAGUAGGCUGUUAGGGUAAGGCAACAUGUAUCAGGUCACUCAAAUUUUGUUUUUUUUUUUUUUACAUAUACCCUCAUUUAAAAUAAGAUUAUGACGAAUCUUAUAAUAUUGUCUGAGAUAAAUUUUAUGUUUGUCUCGUGUAUUAGCAAGAUUUAAUUUACUAUAAUUUAAGUGUAUCCACGUCUAACAAGAUCUCUUUUAUUAUUUACACGCUUGCCAUUAAAAUAUAUAUGUGAUGGGUUUUCCAGUCUCAAACAUAAUAUAAGUAUAGGUUUAGUGCAUGAACCCCAUCGCUUGUUACCAUUUCAAAUUUGUCUUUGAAUUAAUUUUUGAUCUCACAAAUUUCUUACAACAAUGUCGAUGUGAGAUCCAUUUAAAAAAUCCAUUUUUGUUUCGUGAAACUUGACUAUGAUACAGCGCCGGUAAUCUAUAAUUUCUUCCAUGGGAUUGCGUGGUACAAAAGCUCAUGUUGAAUUAGUUUUUGGAAGUUACCGAUUAAUGAUGCUGUUAUAAGAUCUGAUUUUAAUUGGCAAUGUAUUGUAGUUUAAAAGUGCCUUGUAGUUAUUGGGUUUAGGUUAGUUUUACGCGUUCAAGUCUCAUAUUUUGUAAUGUUUUUUUAAAGGUUCUAAUGUCGAUAAUUUAUUGGUAAAAGAUUAUAGUUUCAUAAUGUAAAGAAGUUUGUCAAGAUUAUAUUUUUAUUCAUACAUGUAAAGUGUCUUGGUAAAUUAGUUACUGUAUAUCACGUAAUUAUACAAGAUUUUAGCUUAGGGAUACUGUGCGCAAAUUACCUAUUAAUAACACUUGCAAACUUCACGUAAGUUGCGGCGGUACUCAGAGACGUUUAAGAGGAAGCGCUUGUUGUCCUAUGCUUACCAAAUUAGUCUUCAACUAACACUUUCUUAUUUUAUUUAGUUACAUUUUUAAUCCAUAUUAAACGACUCUGCGUACGUCUGUCUGAAACUAUUUCGUAUAGCAUAUAUUUUCUAAGAUUACUCAACUAAUGAAGUUAUAUUCAGUAUUAGGUUUGUGAUUGUCGAUUUUAGUAUUUUUUAAGACUGUGUCGAUUUUGUGAUGUAUAGAUCUCGUAAUAACAUCACUGGCAUUUAUGUACUGCAUUUUAAUUUGCUAUUAUUUUGUAUA